AUGCCUGCUAAGACCCUUCCUCCCUCCAUGCUUCCCGAUGACCUCCCCGUCUUGAACUUCGCUCAAGAAAUGCGCGCCAUCGAACCUGCCAUCCGCGCUCUCAACAAGCUGGCCGCCCGCCUGCCGACCCAGGACCUUCAUUUACCGCGGAGUCAGGAGAAUCCCGGUCAGCAGAGUCAGGACUCCAACGACUCGUUCAAAGACCUCACCGACUCCCAACUUAUGGCUCAUUUCCCCGACCCCCACCCUACUGUUAACAGUGAUCCCCCUCUUCCCGACAACCUCCCUCUCGAGGCUUCGGAGCUCCUUACACUCAUCGCACGUCAAAAAAGCUCAUUUGAGAGGCAAUGCAAAAGCAUGCUGGACCUUCUGAACCAAGUUUCGGGGACAGUGCUGUUUCAGCGUAACUCCUUCAGAGUCGAAUUUGACAUAAUGCGUAUGAAAAUCCUGAAGCUGGUCAACGAUGCUUCAAAGACCCACGGGGCGAAGCAACCCUGCGCCUCUCAGCCAUCGCAAUCCCAGCCCAGCUCUGCAAACAACGACAAACUAAGAGCCACUCGUCAUCAAGCCGGACAAGACACCAAGCCUCGUCAUCAUUCAGGUGCUUUAAAGAGCGAACCUACUGCCACAUCCUCAAGACCUGACAAGCAUAGCCGUCACAGUGAAGGAGACGCACAGGCGCAGAAGAGUACGAACACGGGCUUUUGCCGCAAAAUCAAGUUCGUAACGUUCGAAGAUGACCAUCGCGAAGAAUCGGCUUCCGGACAAGGCCCGAGGGCCUCUCGGUCAAGUGGAAAAGACUCCUCCGCACUUCCGAAGACAACCCCACACCCUGUCUCUGCACCGCAGGAGCGUAGUAGGAAAGCCUCUGGUCCAAGCUUCUCUCGUCCCGGCGCCAGGAACGACAGCUUGCCUGGUAUGCAGAUUGACUGUCGUAGCCACGGCCAUCAGCAUUUCGACUCUAAGGAUCACAUGAGCAAGUUCGACUUCGGACCUUUCCACCCGGUCUUCCGCUCGGAUAACGUCGGUAUGGAGAGUCAAGACACGCAGGCUUCGCAGAAGUCGAAUAUGAGUUUGUUCAGCUCUGGUACACAGGCUCCGCAGAAGCCUAAUUUGAACUUGUUCGGCUCUCCCACCCAGUCUUCGCCGAAGUUGAAUACGAGCCUGUUCAGCUCCGGCACACAGGCUCCGCAGAAGUCGAGUAUGAACCAGUCCGACCUUGGCACGUUUCACUCAGCCUUCGGAUCCAAGAGCAAUGACACCACGCACAUUCAGAACACACAGGCGGCGCAGAAGUCGAAGCGCAAGCGCACUACGAAGGAAUUCGAAGAUGGACCUUCUUCGAGCUCGGAUCGCCACAGCAUCCGUUAUUCUCUUGGUGGUUACGGUGCCGGGAAGCGUUACAAAGGCUGUGACGCCUAG